UCUGAUCUAAAGGAGGGGAAUUUGACCGGCGUAUUAAUUUUUAAUGAUCAAAAAGAAGAAAAUAUUGUGGUCUUCAGUGAAACUAGGAGUUAAAAGUAAUUAUUAUUGUAGCAACAAAUUACAGACGAAUCUCUAUUACCAAGUCAUUUAAUACUGCAUGAUAUGGUACAGUAUAUUGUACAUUCUCGUCACGAACGAUAGCUAAUGUAAAAUGUAGGACAGCGUAGGUGCAUAUCGAUUUUCUAACAGAAAGUAACUAUGGAAGAGUAGAAAAAAAUGUCUGGACUGUUUGCGUCUAAUUCAUUCUUCUCUCAUGCAAGAAACUAACAUCGAAUACUUAAGAACAAAGAUGUUAGCUGAAAGGGAAGAUGUCUUUUAUGACUUGGAAACAGUCAGUAAAAAUAUAGCAGCUUGGGUAUCUGAAAAAAAGGCUGAAGUAGCUUUAACAAGAGGUGUGGAAGUUCUUCCUUCAAUAAACAGUAAUUCAUCUUUGUCAAAAUUGGAGAAAAACAAAACUACUGGUGGUGGAUCUCCCGUGAAAUCUGUAGAGCCUACAAAAGGAUCCCCAAAGAAAAGAAAAAUGUUAAGAUUUACUGGUGUUCCUCGAGCAAGACCAGAUGUAUCGCCUACACGAUCUUUGAAACCAUUACACAAUGAAAGAAUUAAUGGACUUGCUGCUGCUAAAAAGUCAACUAAUCGGAUUUUGGAUCGUGCUGAUCAUUUCAAAACUGUCACCCAUACCAAAAAAGAGCUUGCCUUACUUUAUCAACAUAAAGUAAUAUGGGAACAAGAAUAUAUGCAUUUACAGUAUAUGGAAGACAGACUACAGCGGGAAAUCUACAAUCAUUUGACAAUUUAUGGACAACUAGGUUCAGAUGGUCAACUUCUUUUGGCAGAUAACAUAAAUUUUAUUUUAGAAAUUGAAGAGGAAAAGGCUUUUUUUCGUGAAAAUGUUGUUGAUCCCCUCUGGUACAUAAGGGAAGAUUUGCGAGAAUGGGUUAGACAACAUGAAGGAUUAAGACCUCUUCCAGAUUCAGCCAAAAUGCAACAUUAUCAAAUACAGAAAGAGGUAAAGGAGUUAUGGACUGGUUAUAAAGAAAUAGCUGAAGACUUAAUAAAAGAACAGCGUGAUCUAGAGCAGCAAGUUAAAGAAGCAGUGCCUCCAUAUGUGGCUGAAGAGAAGCAAAUAGCAAAAGGUGUGCCACCAGAGUUUCAUGAGCUUUAUUGUCCAGAUCCACAACUGAAAGAAAACUUAAUAGCUGAGCUUACAAGAUUAGAUGAUAGCUAUUCAAAUCGACUACGAGAUCUUGAUAGAAAUUGUGAUCGACAAGCAUGUCCAGGAGGUUGGAAUGAUCAUGAUGCUGCUGUCUUUGAGCACAUAUUAGAACAAUAUCCUGCUGAUCUUCCAGAUCGAAGAGUUUUAUGUUUUGAUAGGCUGAAAAGGACUUUUCCUCAUAAGACAUUAGGCCAACUGAUGUCAUAUGAAACUUGGUAUCAAAAUAAUCGAUUUCAUAAAGAUCGUCGAAAAAAAUGCCUUGAUGACUGGGCUAGAGAAAGAUGGAGUUGGUUGCUGAGAGCUGUUACAGAAGUCUCACAGUCUCAACAAUCUCAUGCAGGCCACCAGCUAAGCCGUGAUGAAGCUUUGCGUCAGAAAUUCAAAUGUGAAGUACUUCGUCAGAGGGUAGAACAAUGGCGAAAAGAAAAAGAGAAUGAACGUCUUCAACAUGCUGAAAUGGAAGCACAGCGAAAAUUAGCCCUCAAAGUUGUGCAACAGCGACAAGCAGCUAAGGAAGAAUACAGACGAGAGCUGGCUCGGCAACGACUUGCUGCAUAUUAUGAAGAACGUUUGCGCUUCCAAAAGGAGAGUGAAGAAGCUCUCCAACGUCGUAUGGAGGAUGCACGAAAGGUCACAAAAGAACGUUCCAAACAUGACAAAGAGCGGGUUCGUUAUCGUACAGAACUGUUUUAUGCAAAUCAGAAGGAACGUCGAGAAAGAAUGUUAAAACUACGGGAAGAAGAAAAAGCACGACAACAACGACUUGACCAGUUACGAAAACAGGUGCAAGUGAAAACAGACCGUGACCCUGAAAGGAUUCAGCAGGAUACUGUUGCUUCUCAGGCCCGUAAAGAAGCAUCCGGUGAAGGACUUGCUCUGAAGGCUUUGCACGAACUACGCACUGUUCUUGAUGCUGAGGUACACAGAGAUCCUCGAGUAAGAUUGGAACAACAGCUCCGUGAGGCAGGACUUUUAAAUUCUGAAUAUGCAAGACAUGUUUUAUCACAAAUGCACCCUCCCCGAGAACCUAGGAAAGAUACAUAUUCUUCACUCUUUUUACAAGAAGAUGAAAAUUAAUGUUAAAGAUCUUUAUACAUGAAUAUUCUAGUCCAUAAUUUCAGAAAAUUUAUUUUGUCUUAAAAAAUAUAAUACUUCUAUGUAAAAUUCUUACCUGUAAAAAUAUUAUACAUAUUUUUCCCAAAUUUGAUAUGUUCAGUAAAGAAAAUUUUC